GUAAUGUAGUACGUCAUGAUACAGUAUUGUUACGCAUGAUGUCGAUCCUUCCCUCGAAGUGCUCAUCGUGAAUACAGUACACGUCGUUCCACUCGACAACACGACUAGGAUGGUUCGAGUGAUCCUUAGCUUUGUCGCUGCCGCCGCCGCCGCCGCUGCCGCCACCGCCUCCCCUGACAAAAUCGACCCAAGUCUAUGGCGUCUCUUGAACGCGAACGUCACUGCAAGCGCCAUGGUGGAGCUGCGCCGCGAACCUGGCAGAUUAGACCUGGAACUGCCCUUCGAUACAAGCGCCGACAUGGUUCGCCAAGCCUUGAUGGAUGCCACCGCCGCGUCCGCUGCGGCCGUGCAGGCGCUGUUCCACCCAUCGUCUUCGUCCUCAUCGUCGCCACAUCGCCAUUUGACAUCGGCUUGUCCUGGCUUAGCCGCCCCUGAGCCCUUACACUUGUGGAUCGUCGGUCGCUCGCACAUUCCAGCGUUGACACGGUGCGUGGCGGAAUAUGUGGCGUCGUUGGAUGCCGUGUUGCGCAUCCGGGUCGAGGAAGUGGAGGAAGUGGACACGACGGCGCCGACGGCUAUAAUGAUCCCUCGUGAGGACCUGCUCCCGCCUCUGUGGGCCACCGAGAUGAUCCGGGCGCCGGCCGUGUGGGCAACUGGCAAUACCGGGCAAGGCAUCGUCAUCGGGCUCAUCGACACAGGCGUUCGGUCGACGCACUCGCUGUACGCGUCGAAAUUCCGCAGCGACUACAACUGGUUCGACCCGAUCAACAAGACCACCACGCCACACGACUCGACCGGCCACGGAACCCACGUGGCGGGGCUGCUGGUCGGCGACCACGGCGUCGGCGCCGCCCCCGGCGCGUCGUUCAUCGCGUGUCGCGGGUGCACCAAAGGUUGUGACGAAGCCCACGUGCUGGCGUGCAUGCAGUUCAUGUUGUGCCCGACGGACGCAGCCGCCGGCAACGAGAACUGCACCAAGAAACCACACGUGAUCAACAACUCGUGGGGGAGCGCCACGUCCAAGGACGUGUACCAGCCGGCGUUUGAUGCGAUGGAAAGUGCCGGCAUCGUCAUGGUUGUGUCCAGCGGCAACGCUGGCCCCCACUGCAGCACCGUGGGGAGUCCUGCCGACUACCGGACCGCGUUGGCAGUGGGCAUGAUGACCGAGUACCGGUACCUGAACGCGCGCAGCAGCCGCGGCCCAGCCAAGAACGACACCACACUCGUCAAGCCCGAUGUGUCGGCGCCGGGAUUCGACGUGUACUCGGCUUCGAACGCCGGCGACCACCUCUUUGAGCCCCAGUGGGGCUCGAGCCAAGCCGCGGCCCAUGUCUCAGGCAUGGUGGCCCUCAUGCUCGUAGCCAACCCCGCGCUCUCCCCGGCCCAAGUCCGCGCCGCUGUGAUCACGUAUGUCGAAACUGCUACUGUGGAUGCCGCCGCCACGACCAACUGCGGCGGCUUGAACGACCUCAAGUUCCCAAACAAUAACUACGGGUACGGCCUCGUGAAUGCCAGCUACGCCGUCGAUGGUGUCACGUCCACUGUGUCGAAACCGACGACAGUUGCCCCAACCUCUGCACCUACCCCCGAACCUACGACGUUGGCACCCCCGAGUAUCACGACACUUGCACCCACUCCAGCACCUACCACUACUCGUGCCCAAACCGGUGAACCUACUCCCGUCCCAACUACUACAUCUUUGUCCUGUUAAUUCAGCAUUGUUGCA